UCCUCCCUCCCUCUCUCUCUCUCUCCUUCACUGUCUCCCUCCAGUUGUAGGAGGAGCUGGGGACCAUCAGCGCGGCGCUUCUCUUCUGCGGCCGGUGUGUUUGCACCAUGCGCCUCUGACGGAGGAUGUAAACAACCUCCUGCAGGCGGAACACGGGAUACUUUCACUCAAAAAGACGCGUUUGAGGGUGAAGAAGCGGAGUUCAAUGCAAACAAGAUUACUUCCUACAGUUUGAUCGCUGUUGGUGACAGUGGGUUAUGAACCUGGAAUGAGGGACUGAAAACUGGAUUGAAGUCCAGUUCAUGACCGUAAAGAGCUCACAGCCGCACUCAACAGCCCCUCCUCUAAUCCUGCUUCAGCAUGGCUAGACAGAGGAUAGACUGCUUCCUCCUGGGCCAGGUGUUUCCCGGACUAAUCAUUGUGUCAAUAGCAAUGAGUCUUGUCCAGAGCAACGAGUGCCCCCAGCUUUGUGUGUGCGAGAUAAGGCCGUGGUUCACCCCCCAGUCCACCUACAGGGAAGCGAUAACUGUGGACUGCAACGAUCUGCGUCUGACACGCAUCCCAGGAAACCUCUCCACUGAAACUCAGGUUCUUCUCCUGCAGAGCAAUUACAUAGCAAGGACCAGCGAGGAGCUGGAACAGCUCUUCAACCUCACGGAGCUCGACCUGUCCCAGAACAACUUCAGCAGCAUUCGAGACGUGGGCCUCAGCAACAUGUCUCAGCUCACAACUCUUCAUCUCGAGGAGAACCAGAUCACAGAAAUGCCUGAUUACUGUCUGCAGGACCUCAGCAACCUGCAGGAGCUCUAUAUAAACCACAACCAGAUCAACGCCAUCCAAGCCAACGCAUUCUCUGGACUUCACAAUCUCCUGAGGCUUCACCUCAACUCCAACAAGCUCAAGUCCAUCAGUAGUCAGUGGUUCGACUCCACACCUAAUCUGGAGAUUCUUAUGAUCGGCGAGAACCCUGUUGUCGGGAUUAUGGACUUCAACUUCAAGCCGCUGGUCAAUCUAAGAAGCCUUGUUUUGGCUGGAAUGGACUUAACGGACGUCCCUGGAAAUGCCUUCGUCGGACUCGACAAUCUCGAAAGUCUCUCCUUUUACGACAACAAGCUGGUCAGGGUUCCCCAGAGAGCAUUCCAAAAACUGCCCAACCUGAAGUUCUUGGAUUUAAACAAAAACCCGGUUCAGAAAAUCCAGGAAGGCGAUUUUAAGAACAUGCUGAGACUGAAAGAGCUGGGCAUCAACAACAUGGGUGAGCUGGUUUCUAUUGACAGAAAUGCUUUGGAUAAUCUUCCUGAGCUCACAAAGUUGGAGGCGACCAACAACCCCAAGUUCUCCUACAUCCACCGCCAAGCUUUUCGGGACGUGCCCGCCUUGGAGAGCUUAAUGCUGAACAACAACGCACUCAGUGCUUUAUACCACUCCACUGUGGUAUCCUUGCCUAACUUGCGUGAGAUCAGCAUCCACAGCAACCCGCUCCGCUGCGACUGCGUUAUUCAUUGGAUGAGUGCCAACAAAAGCAUGGUUCGUUUCAUGGAACCUUUAUCCAUGUUUUGUGCGAUGCCCCCCGAGGUCCGAGGUAUGCAUGUUCGGGACGUUCUGCAGAAGGAAUUGGCGAGUCAGUGCAUCCCGAUGAUAGCCCACGAUACCUUCCCCAGCCACCUCAACUUGGACAUUGGUAUUACUGUGGACUUAGACUGCCGAGCCAUGUCCCAACCUGAGCCAGAAAUCUAUUGGGUGACACCGAUGGGGAACAAGGUGAUGAUGGACACUCUGUCUGAUAAGUACAGUCUGAGCAGUGACGGGACCUUGAGGAUUUCUCGGAUCCAGGUGGAGGACUCUGGGAGAUACACCUGUGUUGCGCAGAAUUCACAAGGCGCUGACACGAGAGUGACAGCCAUACGGGUGAAUGGAACGCUGCUGGACAACACACAGCUGAUGAAGAUUUUUGUCAAACACGCAGAGUCCCACUCAAUUCUGGUCUCUUGGAAGAUUAGCUCAAAUGCCAUGUCGUCCAACCUCAAGUGGUCGUCUGCCACGCUGAAGAUUGACAAUCCCCAUAUAACGUACACUGCCAGGGUUCCGGUCAACGUCCACGAGUACAACCUCACAUACCUGCAGCCGGCGACCGAGUACGAAGUUUGCCUCACCGUUUCCAACAUCCACCAGCAGAGCCAGAAGUCGUGCGCGAACGUGACGACCAAACAAGCCGCUUUUGAGGUGGAGAUAUCCGACCAAGUGACCAACACGGCUCUCGCCGCAGUCAUGGGGACGGUGUUUGCCAUCAUCAGCCUCGCCACUUUGGGCAUCUACAUCGCCAAAAGGUGGAAAAGAAAAAACUAUCAUCAUUCUCUGAAGAAGUACAUGCAGAAGACGUCGUCGAUACCGCUGAAUGAGCUGUAUCCUCCACUCAUUAACUUAUGGGAGGCAGACAACGAGAAAGAGAAAGAGGGAUCCACAGACAACAAACCCAGCCAAGUGGACACCUCUCGCAGCUACUACAUGUGGUGAACGCCACUUCCUGUUCAGACAUCCACAGACUUAUACUCUGUCAGAAGCACAAAUAUACAUAUUUGCUUCUUUGUGUAAAAUAUGCAUUUUUCUUUCACUUCGGUUUGUCUUUCAAACAAAAGACGUUUUUGAUCUUUAGUUUAGCAUUUUGCCUUUUUUUUUUCACUUCAGCGCACACAAUGGCAGCUUCGCUAGGCUCGCUGCGGCUGGUAGCCACACCGCAUUAUUCUCCCUUGUUUAAUAGUCACAGCAUGAGUACUGUCACCGAUUCAUCACAAGCUGAACUUUAACUUGUUUCUCUGGCAGAACUGUUAAAACAGCAACCUCCCUCUUGUGAAGCAGUUUCACCGUUGGCUGUUGUGCACUGAACUAUAUAUAUACUGAUUUGUCUAUGAACUCUAAUAUAAGCUGACGACGUACGUUGCCACUUGAUAUUCCGUCUAUUGAAUACUGUUAGCAAAAACUUCUGUAAUGUUGUAUCAGCUAUUUUGUUCUAUACUUUGUUUGUAUAUUUACAAAUGUUUUAUUUUUGCAGAGCAACGACUGUAAACCAGCAAUAGAAACAUGAAUGUUAUCAAUUAGAUCAAUAGAUGUACUGCUUUCUACAUUUCUGAAAUUUCUUUCCUUUUCUUCUUUGAAAAUGUCUACAAUCACUGUUUUGUUGUGGUUUGCACACAAAAACAUGUUAUUUUGA